GGCGCUCUCACGCGGACACCGUGCAGACGCAGCCAGAAGCGGCUCCUCGCCUCACUUCAGCGCUCUCGGUCUCUUGUAGCGCAGCUUGAACAUGACGGAAACUUUUGACAAACGAAAGACAAUCGAUUUAAGGAAUAAACACAUUGGCCCAUCUUGCAAGGUUUUCUUCAGCCAUGAUCCUAUCAAGAUUGUUCGUGCCAAAGGCCAGUACAUGUUUGACGAAAGAGGGGAGAGAUAUCUGGACUGCAUCAACAAUGUUGCGCAUGUCGGACACAGCCACCCAGAUGUGGUGAAGGCUGGGGCCAAGCAGAUGGAACUCCUGAACACAAACUCCCGCUUCCUGCACGACAACCUGGUCCAGUAUGCCGAGCGCUUGCAGGCCACUCUUCCGGAGCCGCUCUCUGUGUGCUACUUUGUGAACUCUGGUUCUGAGGCCAACGACCUGGCCCUGCGACUUGCCUGGCAGUACACCAGCCACAAAGGCAUCAUCACUCUGGACCAUGCUUACCAUGGUCAUGUGUCAUCCCUUAUUGACAUCAGCCCAUAUAAGUUUCACCAGAGGGCAAAUCUGGAAAAGAAUCUAUCUGUUUUUGUGGCUCCAAGUCCUGACAUCUACAGGGGCAAGUACCGCGAGGACCACCCGGAUCCUGCGACGGCGUACUCAGACGAGGUCCGAGAUAUCAUCGAUGACGCCCACAAGAAGGGCCACAGGAUUGCUGCUUUCAUCGCGGAGUCCUUGCAGAGUUGCGGAGGGCAGAUUAUUCCCCCUCGAGGCUAUUUCCAGAAAGUGGCAGAGCACGUGCACAAGGCUGGUGGGAUCUUUAUUGCUGAUGAAGUCCAAGUGGGCUUUGGCCGAACAGGCUCCCAUUUUUGGGCAUUCCAGCUCCAAGGCGAGGAUUUUGUGCCAGACAUUGUCACCAUGGGGAAACCCAUUGGAAAUGGUCACCCCAUGUCCUGUGUGGUCACCACCAGGAACAUCGCCGAGGCCUUUAUGUCCACUGGGAUGGAAUACUUCAACACGUUUGGAGGCAAUCCUGUAUCCUGUGCCAUUGGACUGGCUGUCCUGGAUGUCAUCCAGAAAGAGGAUCUCCAAGGCAAUGCAACACGGGUGGGGAGUUAUCUGAUGCAGCUGCUGAAACAGCAGAGGGAGAAGCAUCCCCUGGUCGGAGAUGUCAGGGGAGUGGGCCUUUUUGUAGGCGUGGAGCUUGUGAGAGACAGAAUCCAACGCAUUCCUGCUACUGCAGAAGCCCAAGAUGUCAUUUACAAGCUGAAGGAACAGCGAAUUCUCCUGAGCACUGAUGGUCCCCACAGGAAUGUGCUCAAAUUCAAGCCCCCCAUGUGCUUCUGUGCAGAGGACGCCAAGUUCAUCGUAGAGAAGAUCGAUAAGGUCCUUACUGAAAUUGAAGCUGCACUUGGGCUUCAACUCCCAGUUGUUAUGAAUGGCAUUCAGGAGACAUACUGUGGUGGAAAAGGGCACAAGCACAAUUUAAAUAGAGUCAGCGGUCAAGAGGCUGUGGAAUCACAUGAGUCUGGGCCUAGCAAAAAACAACGGAAAAUCAAAAAUGAUAUAAAGUAAACGUACAGUAAAACCAGCUCGCCUAGCUAUACCGAGUCUCACUGGCUUGUAUGAUGAUGUAACAUGCAGAGCUGUAGAGCAGAGCAGUUUUUUUAAAAAACAGCCUAUUUUAAAGAUCUUUCCGAACAUAGUUUAAACCAAUCAGCGUAAAGGGAAAAAGCUAUCUUUACUAUGAGAAAAACUGUGGCUCGUGAUAACAUAUAAUUGCUUUUGUUCUUAAAACCUUGAUAUAUAUGAACUCACAAAACAAAUACAAAAAAAACGGAGCCGUCCCAUUUAAAUUAGCUGGAUAUAUCAGAGAUUUAAUUUUAAUUCUUUGCUUGAUGUGAUUUUUUUUUUUUUUUUUUGGGAUAUUCCUUGUUCUCCUGCAGACAGAUUUCAAGUGCCACCCUUAAAUGACAACUAAUACCAUGGAUUUCAAGUAAAAUCACACAUGUACAUCCUGAAUUCUUGCAGUUUAAGUCUACAUCAAUGUAUUAAGAGGGCAAAAGGUGUCUUCUUUCACAGAACAAUACUUUUUAUCAGUAUUUGAAAUGUUUAUUCUGUGAAAUAAGUGCUGUGUAUGUAAAUGGCAGGAUAUAAUGUUGUCUGCAGUGUAUUUGUCUAGGGGUUGUCUUAGUGGAACACAGUGUGCUCUCCCUGUUGAAGAUUUGAAGACUCUGGACGGGGUACUUAAUGAAGUCUGUGCUGGAAAGCGCAAGGGCAACAUUGUAGAGCUGCCAACAGUUUGAUUAACAAGCCCCUCUCAUUCACAUUCCUCACAUGGCAGCCUUAGGGAAUAGAUGGGCUCACAGCGAAGUUCUCAGAAAAGCUGUGGGCCAGGUUGGCACAUCUCAACAAAUGAAAAUUGCUGUAAAUUUACCAGGAGAAAAAUCUCUAUGUCGCAGUGUAAGCAUGCUUUUUACAUUUAAAAAUUCAAAUUCUACCCUAGAAACAGAAUUGAAUGGAGCACAAAUGCAAGUGUUACACAUCUGACAAAUUGAAGUAUUGUGGCACACAGCGCUGUGGGUUUGGAUGGGGUGAAGAAAAAAAAAACGGAGGCAGCGUUCAUGAUGAAUGAUUUAU